AUUACCUCAAUUUUGGACGCUGCCCUCCCCCACCGACCCUCCGGGACCACACAGACAGGCUGAGGACGAAUUUAUGACCGAAAGCUGAACAAGAUGCAUUGUGAGAGAUUUAUAUGUAUCCUGAGAAUAAUUGGAACCACACUUUUUGGAGUCUCUCUCCUUUUGGGAAUCACAGCUGCUUAUAUUGUUGGCUACCAGUUUAUCCAAACGGAUAAUUAUUAUUUCUCCUUUGGACUGUAUGGUGCCUUUUUAGCAUCACACCUCAUCAUCCAAAGCCUGUUUGCCUUUUUGGAGCAUCGAAAAAUGAAAAAGUCCCUAGAAACCCCCAUUAAGCUGAACAAAACAGUUGCUCUUUGCAUCGCUGCCUACCAAGAAGACCCAGACUACUUAAGGAAAUGUUUACAAUCUGUGAAAAGGCUGACCUACCCUGGGAUUAAGGUCGUCAUGGUCAUUGAUGGGAACUCCGAAGAUGAUGUUUACAUGAUGGACAUCUUCAGUGAAAUCAUGGGCAGGGAAACAUCAGCCACUUACAUCUGGAAGAACAACUUCCACGAAAAGGGGCCUGGGGAGACGGAUGAGUCACAUAAAGAAAGCUCUCAACAUGUAACCCAAUUGGUCCUGUCCAACAAAAGUGUGUGCAUCAUGCAGAAGUGGGGUGGAAAAAGAGAAGUCAUGUACACAGCCUUCAGAGCAUUGGGACGAAGUGUGGAUUAUGUGCAGGUUUGUGAUUCAGAUACCAUGCUUGACCCUGCUUCUUCUGUGGAGAUGGUGAAAGUUUUGGAAGAAGAUCCCAUGGUCGGAGGUGUUGGGGGAGAUGUCCAGAUUUUAAACAAGUACGAUUCCUGGAUCUCCUUCCUCAGCAGUGUGAGAUACUGGAUGGCUUUUAAUAUAGAAAGGGCUUGUCAGUCUUAUUUUGGGUGUGUUCAGUGCAUUAGUGGACCUCUGGGAAUGUACAGGAACUCCUUACUGCAUGAGUUUGUGGAAGACUGGUACAAUCAGGAAUUUAUGGGCAACCAGUGUAGCUUUGGCGAUGACAGGCAUCUGACAAACCGGGUGCUGAGUCUGGGCUAUGCAACAAAAUACACAGCUCGAUCCAAGUGCCUUACUGAAACGCCUAUAGAAUAUCUCAGAUGGUUGAACCAGCAGACCCGUUGGAGCAAGUCCUACUUCCGAGAGUGGCUCUACAAUGCAAUGUGGUUUCAUAAACAUCACUUGUGGAUGACCUACGAAGCCGUUAUCACUGGAUUCUUCCCAUUCUUUCUAAUUGCCACAGUAAUCCAGCUCUUCUACCGUGGUAAAAUUUGGAACAUCCUCCUCUUCUUGUUAACUGUCCAGCUAGUUGGUCUCAUAAAAUCAUCUUUUGCCAGUUGCCUUAGAGGAAAUAUCGUCAUGGUCUUCAUGUCCCUCUACUCAGUGUUAUACAUGUCAAGUUUACUUCCCGCCAAGAUGUUUGCAAUUGCCACAAUAAACAAAGCUGGGUGGGGCACAUCUGGAAGGAAAACCAUUGUUGUUAAUUUCAUAGGACUCAUUCCAGUAUCAGUUUGGUUUACAAUUCUCCUGGGUGGUGUGAUUUUCACCAUUUAUAAGGAAUCUAAAAAGCCAUUUUCAGAAUCCAAACAAACAGUGCUGAUUGUUGGAACGUUGGUCUAUGCAUGCUAUUGGGUCAUGCUCUUGACGCUGUACGUGGUUCUCAUCAAUAAGUGUGGUCGGCGGAAGAAGGGACAACAGUAUGACAUGGUGCUUGACGUAUGAUCUUACGUCGAUGGAUCUUUGCAAUCGCAGGCGCAGACACACACAACACCUUAGUUCCUCGAGGGGCUGAACAAUUAGGUGGCAUUAAAUGAUGCCACCAAAGGAGACGUAUCAGUGCUGCUGGGACUUGAACAAAGACGUUUCUAUGAGUUUAUUUUGAUUCUGCCAAAGUAAAAUGAAACAACAAGAGGAAGAAACUCAGAUUUAACCUGUUAUUUCUAUGAAAAUGGGAGGAAUUACUUGUUUAUGCACUUUUUCCCUACGGUGCAUCCACCUGACAGUAUUUUG